AUGGAUACAUACUCUGGUGGUUUCCUUCAUCCCGACUCUGUUAUGGCGAUCAAUCCCUUUUUGAUUAUUGUUGCAGUUUGGAGCUGGGUGAAAUGGCUAUCCGUAUCGACGUUGAUCAUCGGAGGCGCUUCCUAUAUUGGCUACUUAUUCACUCCGGAUUGGCGGGAAAUUGUUGAUUCGAAACAUUAUUAUAGUAAUUGGAAGAUUCGUGUCUACCUGUCUCUCCCCUUCAACACUGCCAGCCGAGUCAUUGGAGGUCUCGCAAAUCAAGAGAUUCCCAUCUGGCUCCGUGAGCAUCUUCUCGGUGGAUUCGCCCGUAUUUAUGACUGUCGAAUGGAGGAAUGCGUCGAUCCGGAUUUCAAGAAUUAUCGAUCGUUUGCCGCAUUCUUCAAUCGCAAAUUGAGAGAAUCGACUCGUCCGAUUAGUGCGUCUCCGUUGGUCUCACCGGCUGAUGGAACCGUUUUGCAUUUUGGAAAAGUCGAGGAGAAUAAGAUUGAAUAUGUUAAAGAGACCGCGCGCAUUCCACAUCACACCAUCCAUCCUCCCUUCUUCUCAUUCAUUCACCCUCAUCCCAUCUACAACUAUGACGUACUCUUUCGCUCUCUUCAGCCUCCCUCUCGAGGCUAUCCUCCAUGUGGUCAAAUCAAUGAAUUAUGGAGAAUUCAUAAGUCUCUCAUUACUUUCCAAAAGAGCAAAGCAAGUCGUAAAAUUGAUGAACUUGAACCACAAAACUUCAUCAAUUACCAUAACCAAUCACAUUAG